AUGUUACUCCACUUUCUGGCUUUAGGGGCCUUUGUUUUCCAGGCUGAAUGCUACUUUUCGGAGGAAUUGUUCCCGGAGGAGUCGAAAAUGCAGCCUCCGACGGUGGUGGUCGCUCUCAUAGCCCGGAAUACAGCUCACUCUCUGCCUUACUACCUCGGAGCUCUGGAGAGACUCAACUACCCCAAAGAACGCAUCUCUGUGUGGGCAGCCACGGAUCACAACACAGAUAACACCACAGCUAUACUGAAAGAGUGGCUUACUGUCAUGCAGAAAUUCUACCAUUAUGUUGAGUGGAGACCAAUGGACCAGCCCACGUCCUAUGCAGGAGAGCUGGGUCCUAAGCAUUGGCCCAACAGCAGAUAUGAGUACGUGAUGAAGCUGAAGCAGGCAGCGCUCAACUUCGCCAGGAAACGCUGGGCCGAUUACAUCCUGUACGCUGACACAGACAAUAUCCUCACCAACCCAGAAACCCUCAACCUGAUGAUAGCGGAGAACAAGUCGGCCAUCGCUCCCAUGCUGGACUCUCCGGGAGCGUACUCCAACUACUGGUGUGGUAUCACUCCACAGGGAUACUAUCGUCGAACAGCAGAGUAUUUUCCAACCCGUCAUCGCCACAGACUGGGCUGCUUCCCCGUGCCCAUGAUCCACUCCACCGUGCUGCUGGAUUUAAGAAAGGAAGGCAUGAAGAAACUGGCCUUCUACCCUCCUCACAGCGACUACUCGUGGCCCUACGACGACAUCAUCGUGUUCGCCUUCUCCUGCCGGGCUGCAGAGGUCCAGAUGUACCUGUGUAACAAGGAGCGCUACGGCUACCUGAACGUCCCGGCCAAGCCUCAACACACCUUGGAAGACGAUCGCCUCAACUUUGUUCAUGUCCAGCUUGAGUCAAUGAUCGAUGGUCCUCCGAUGCACCCCUCACGAUUCGUCUCCAUGUUCCCCAAACAAAGAGACCUCAUGGGCUUUGAUGAGAUAUAUCUGAUUAAUCUGCGACGGCGUACUGACCGCAGAGACCGGAUGUUGUUCUCCCUGAAUGAGCUGGAGAUUGACGUCAAGGUGGUGGACGCUGUGGAUGGGAAUGCUCUGAACAGCAGUGACAUUAAGAUCCUGGGUGUUGACCUGCUGCCAGGCUACUAUGACCCGUUCAAUGGACGCACCCUGACCAAAGGAGAGGUGGGCUGCUUCCUCAGCCACUACUUCAUCUGGAAGGAGAUGGUGGACUUGCAGAUGGACAAGGCGCUGGUGUUUGAAGACGACGUUCGUUUCCAAGCCAACUUCAAACGACGAUCACUCAAACUGAUGGAGGAGGUGGAGCAGUUGGAGCUAGACUGGGACAUCAUAUACUUUGGCAGGAAGCAGAUCAAUCCCGGAAAGGAGGAACCGGUGGAGAACGUUCACAACUUGGUAAUGGCCGACUACUCGUAUUGGACUCUGUCCUACGCCAUCUCCCUGCAGGGAGCCCAAAAACUGCUCAAUGCUGAGCCACUGUCAAAGAUGCUUCCUGUCGAUGAAUUCCUUCCCAUCAUGUAUGACAAACAUCCCAAUAAGGACUACAAGUCCCAUUUCCCCAACAGAAACUUGCAAGCCUACAGUACACGCCCCCUCCUGGUCCAGCCGUGCCACUACGCCGGCGAUCCCCAGUGGGUGAGCGACACAGAGACGUCGACUCUGUGGGACGACGACGCCGUGCGCACCGAUUGGAGGGGUUCCCACAAGACCCUGAAAGGGGCCGCGCCGCCGGCCGGCGUGCUGUCAGCUGCCCACAGGGAUGAACUUUAGUGCGGAGCAGACGUAGCUGUGGAGGGUCAAAAGGUCACAAGGUCAGAGGGGCAGAUGCUGAGAAGAGAAAGUGUUCCCAGACUUUAUUUCAGUCCACUCUGUGUCACAUCACCGACAUGCUCAGUGUCAUUUAAACUGGACUUUUCAAAGCAUGUCAGAAAGUGUGCGGCACAAGAGGAAAACAAUAUAAGGGAGAAUGUUAAUUGUAAAGACGUGUAAAACGAGGGGUGUUUUAAUACUUGUACAGAUGUCAAUCCACCCUUUAAAUUCUUUUUUUCUUUUAUUCAGACAUUUUUAAUAUUCUGAGAGUUUACAAAGUUUGUAUGGCUGAUGGUUUUGUUUGAAUGUAUGCGUCUGAUGGUUUGCGUGCUUGGGAUGAUUGCAUGUUUCGUAAUGCUAAUUACACAGCUUUUAAAAGGACACAGAAGAGGCGGCUUUGCAAGAACUUUUAUUUGUUAAUCUGUUGAGCGCUGACUGAAGCUCCAGUAGCUGCACUUUUCAUAACUCCUGGCAAGUCUGGACAAAAGUCUCAUGUUGUUAUUGCUUUAAUUUCUCUUUGGUAUAUCUGUCUGUCUAUUCAUUUCUCCAUUUUUACAUGUCUUCCAUCGGGACUGUUAAAAGAUACAUUUGAAUUUAACACAAAGCUAGACUGACCCUAAUUCAUAUUUACAAUUUACAGUUUUAAAGCUGAUGUACCUCAUGGUUUCUAGGGACUCUGUUUCAGUGGUACCCGGUUAUAGUCAGGAAGUAUUUUGUUGGUGAAACUAACACAUUGAAUGUUUGCGUUUGAACAAUCUAAGCUUCUUUACUUCAACUCAUUAGACUACCUUCUCCUCUGUGGCUGUAAUAUUUUUCACAUUUAGCCACAUAAAUUGGAUUUCAAGAUCAGAGUUUGUAUAAUAAUAUUUAUUUAGCACUCCCAAUUCUACCACCACAAGGUCAUCUUUUCCACUCCGGCUUUUUAAUUGUAUGUCUUUGGAAGUGUCGAACUGUAUUUAUAUAGACUGAGAAAUUAUAUAAUGUGAUCUAUUAUUCUCGAGCUAAAACCACAACAUAUUUAUUUGGAGUAUAAGAUGAAUUACUCUAAAGCAGUGGUUCCCAAACCUUUUUCAAAUCAAGGACCCCUAAACUGAAACAAAUUAGACCCCCAGGGUCUGUCCCAGGGUCCCCCAUCUGAUAGGAUUUUUGCUUUUAGAUGUGUUAUUACAGAAAGUGUAUGAAACCCAUGACCAAAUAGUCUUACAUUCUGUCAUCUUGUUACUUAUGGAUGGAAAACCACUGCUCUAAAAUAUAUUUAAAAUGCAGUUAACAUGAUCAAUACCUCAAAAUGUUUCACAUAAUUUCAAUUAAAUCAAUAAUAAUCAGGAACAGAAUGCUUAUAUGUGGUUUCAGGCUAUUGGAGUUGACCGUAUAUUCUCUCAGCACUGACACUGCACAAUUAUUUGUCAGUGGACACAUUUCAUUUCAACAUCCUUUGAAAUCAUUUUGUGAAAUAUUUGCAUAAAAUCAGUGCAGCAUGUUGAUAUGUUAACCAAAUGUGUUGGCAGUGUAAGUUUAACUUUGGUCCCGUUUUUUUGUAGAGCGCUGCUACUUUUAUUAGGAGAACCAGCUGCUUUUCGGUGCAAUACAUCUUAUGUUAAAAAAUGAAAAAAUCUGUAAAAGCCAUAUUAAAACACAGCCUUUAACAACCGUUUUGUAGCAUCACUGGGAUCCUUAAAUCUAGGAAUAUUUUGACAUUUGAUCAUGGAUUUAGAUUAUGAUGGUCAAGUUACAACUUGUAUUAUAUCCGUCUGCUUUCAUAAGCAUUUACGAUGGUCUGAUUUCAUGUAUUCCUCUCUUAUCCGUUAUCAUGAGCGUUGCUUUUCCUUUAUGUCUUAAUUUAUUUGUCGAGUCUCUUGAUGAUGGAGGAGUCACUCGACAUGAUGUAAAGCAAACAAUCAAAGUGCAAUGUUUUUUUUCUCUGACAAAAGCCUCUCUGUGUGUCUUUGAGCAAUAAAUUUGUAUUCGGAUGUUGUAAAACAAGAUGUUAGGAUGACUAAACUGUUUCCGUUGUCUAAUUGUGAUUAUGCAUUUUUUUAUUAAUAAACCAAACUUUUUUUUGGAUGGA